AUGCUACCUAAAUGCAUAGGUAAUUUAUCCACCACUCUGACAGCAUUUUCGUCAGGCGGGAAUCGCGUAUUUGGUGAGAUUCCAGAAGAAAUUGGGAAUUUUGUCAACCUGGAAGUAUUGUUUAUGAAUCUCAACCAGCUUUCGGGUGUCAUCCCCUCAAAUUUGGGUAAUCUACGUAAUCUAGCGAGACUGGACUUAAGUGAUAACAACAUGGGAGGGACCAUUCCAUCUUCUUUGGGAAAUCUAACCAAGUUGAUUGGACUAUCUCUUAGUGGGAACAAUUUUCGUGGGCAAAUUCCUUCACAACUAUCAAACUGCCGGUCUCUUGAUUCGCUUGAUCUGUCUAGUAACAACCUCGGUGGUGCCAUACCUCCACAGCUUAUAGGUCUCUCAUCUUUCGCGAUUAUUCUGGACUUGUCUCGUAACCAUUUGACUGGAGUUCUGCCCAAAGAAGUUGGCAACUUGAGAGCUUUGACCGCGCUGGACAUCUCGGACAACUUGUUGGUAGGUGAAGUCCCAAGUAGUUUAGGUGCUUGCAUUGGAUUGACAUCACUAAGGAUGGGGGGCAACUUCUUCCAUGGGUCCAUUCCUCAGUCUAUCAGGUUGCUAGGAGGCAUUGAAGAACUAGAUAUUUCACGCAACAAUUUGUCAGGUCAGAUUCCAGAAUUCUUAGCGGUACUUCAUUCCUUGAAAAUUUUGAAUUUGUCGUACAAUAAGUUUGAAGGCAUGCUACCACGUGAAGGAGUCUUUAAGAAUGUUACCAGUACUUUUAUUAUUGGGAACAAUGAGCUCUGCGGCGGACUGCCUGAAUUUCACCUCCCCGACUGCAUCUCCAAAAGCUCUAAGAGCAAAAAAAUCAAUAUAGUGAUAUUGUCCACUUGUAUUAUUUUCGGAGUUCUUGGAGUAGCUGUUAUUCUUGCUUUUAUAUAUCUUUGUUGGUUGAAGAAGAAAGUAAAUAAACCAGUUCCCAGUUUGAUAAAUAGUUCGUGUCCGAACAUAUCUUAUGGAGAACUCCUAAAAGCAACAGACAGUUUUUCUUCAACGAAUUUGAUUGGCGUUGGAAGUUGUGGUUCCGUUUACAAGGGAAUACUCAAGGACAGUGGAAUUGCUGUUGCCGUGAAGGUAUUUCAUCUAGUCCAUCAUGGUGCUCUGAAGAGCUUCACAGUCGAGUGCGAGGCAUUAAAAACCAUUAAACAUCGAAAUCUUUUGAAGAUAUUGACGGUUUGCUCCAGUAUUGAUUAUCAAGGAAAUGAUUUUAAGGCCAUAGUAUAUGAAUUCAUGGACAAUGGAAGCCUCGAACGGUGGCUACACCCAAGCGCAACAUCAUCUCACGGGAAUGAGCUUCCGAAAAAGUUGAACUUCAUUCGGAGGAUAAGUAUAGCCAUUGGUGUUGCUUCUGCACUGGAUUAUCUUCACCACCAGUGCCACUUCCCAAUCCUUCAUUGCGAUCUGAAGCCAAGCAAUAUCCUCUUAGAUGCUAAGAUGGUAGUGCAUCUUGGCGACUUUGGAUUGGCGAAAUUCCUUCUUGGAUCGUCCCACGAUACUGUAGCUAAUCAGAUGAGCUCAAUGGGUCUUAGAGGGUCAGUUGGUUAUGCUCCACCAGAAUAUGCAAUGGGAUGUGAAGUCUCACGAGAAGGCGAUGUCUACAGUUACGGCAUUCUCUUGCUAGAGAUGUUCACAGGAUUGAGUCCCACCGACAACAGAUUCGGAGACAAUUUGACCCUCCAUAGUUUUGUUGCGGCGGCUUUGCCCGAACGAGUGCUAGAAGUUACAGAUCGGAUCCCGCUUCUGGCAAGAGCGAGUGUAUGGGAGUCGCUUGUUCCCAUGAAGUGCCUGAAAAACGGAUGA